UCUACUCCCGAAAAAGCACUGACUCUUCCUCUGUUUGCUUCGUUCACACAGAGACAAAGAGAGAGAGAGAAGAAAAAGACGAACACUUCUGACAAAAAAGAGAUGAUGGAGUGGGAUAACAAUCAGCAGCAGCAACCCAACAACCAGAACUCCUCAAAUCUCCAGGGGAUCGACGUUAGUGGCGGCGGCUCCAGCUCAGGAGGAAUGUACGUGAAAGUGAUGACCGACGAGCAGCUCGAGACUCUGAGGAAGCAGAUUGCUAUCUACGCCACCAUUUGUGAUCGUCUCGUUGAGAUGCACAAAACCCUCACUUCUCAACAAGAUCUUGCAGGAGGGAGACUGGGAGGUCUAUAUGUAGACCCAACCAUUGGUCACAAGAUGACAGCUAGGCAGAGGUGGACUCCUACCCCCGUGCAGCUUCAGAUUCUGGAGCGUAUAUUCGACCAAGGCACGGGAACGCCGAGUAAGCAAAAGAUCAAAGACAUAACCGAAGAGCUUAGCCAGCACGGCCAGAUUUCGGAACAGAACGUCUACAAUUGGUUCCAGAACCGGCGUGCUCGGUCCAAGAGGAAGCAGCACGGUGGUGGUGGUGGUAUUGGUGGUUCUAACAACAACAAUGGUGAGUCUGAGGUGGAGACUGAGGCUGAGACGUUGAAUGGGAAGAGGAAGAUGCCAGAGAGUCUUCGUGUUCUUCCUAAUGGAAACAAUGGCAUUGGGACAACAACAGGUACUAGUCCUAGGCCUGAAGAUCUUUGCUUCCAGAGCCCUGAGAUGAGCUCUGAUCUUCACUUGCUAGGAGUCCUAUCAAACCCAAGGGAUGAUCAUCUUGUAGGAAAGAUGGGAUUGUCUGAAAGUUACAACCUCUAUGAUCAUGUUGAGGACUAUGGCAUGUCAGGCUGAUGGAAACUUCUAAUGGAUCAGAGAGAUCAAAGAAAUGGAUUUCUUAGUCAGUCUUAAGCAGUUUUAGACUCUUUUUUUUAUUAUAUAAUUUUUAUGGAAUAUUAAACUCUCUUAGAGAGUGUGCUUUGAUGUUUUCUACAUUCAGAAGGAUUCCUCUCUCUCUUUAGUUACAAUAAAAAUAAAAUAAACAGCUUCAGCUUU